AGAUAUAUAUAUAUGAUUAAGUGUCUUCUGGUUCGUAUCAGAGAAGGAUUUGGUGUACUUGUACAGACAAACUAAACCAGUUGCGUAAUAUUACAAUGAAAUGACACCAGUUUAUACUUUAGAGAUUUAACUUAAAUUCAGUGCCUUAUGGUGGGGUAAGUUAAAACGCUGGCUCAAUUUACCCCACAACAUUUGGCUCACUUUGCCCCAUAGCUGCCAUUUUGGGAAAAACAAGCUAGCUUACCAAUUCAGGCUAAUAUUUAGCUAAAUGACUUGCACGGUUUUAUACGUUGUUAAAUCACCAAUAUGCAUCAUAAAUAUUUUUAGACCUGGACAAAUUUGCUUUGAUGAAACAGCCAUUACAUCUGUUAUGCUAAAAUUUUACUUUGACAAGCCAAAAACUGUUUUUAAAGUAAAUAAGUGACAUCCACUCCUCUCAUGUGCCUCUCCUUUUCACAGUCUGGCGCAAAUGAUGGGUGGUUCCAAAAUAUAUGGUCACAUGACAGUAAAAGUUUACGUUCGCCAAGAUAUAGGGGGUGGGUCAACUUACCCACUGGCUCAUCUUAACCCACUCUCCCCUAUGUAUGUAUAGCCUAUAUAAUAUAUAAUAGCGAAUAUAAUACAAUAUCAUACUACAGGUAAUUCCCUUCUCGAAUACCUCUAAUACAUUUCCAAUACUUCGAGGUAAUUCCCCUCCUGAAGUAAGGUGACGGCGUCCCGUCAAGAAGCUACUAUCACUACCUCAAUCACACAUGAGCACACAGGUCUUUAGCAUCUGUACACUUUCACCGUCCUUCUCAGGUGUACGCUGGUCCGACACAGGAUCAUUAAUACUAACUCUGAGUAUUACAGCCUCACCUCGAGGGCGACUCUAGUCUUCCAACACUAUCACUGUCUCUGCUGUGGUCUUUUGAGCGUAGAUCUUUAGUACUUCUAUUCCUUAGCUGCGCAGCAUAUACCUGACACAAGUUGCUCUUUGCAGAAAUGAAGUUUUAUUUACGGCCGGGAGGUCACUCGUCACAACAACAGAGUGAGUCUCUAUGAAUAGAAAGAUACAUGCACAUUUAAGUCUUACAGUUGAGUAAAAAUCAAUGUCUUCUUCACUGUGAUUUGUUCUGGUGAUUGGUUUGUAAUGAUCUAAGCUAAUCAUAUGACUGGUCUUUGAACUGAGCAUUCUUAGUCUGCAUUUUCUGUACAUUUCAUGUUGAUAUAAAAUAUUUCUAUCACACAACCAAACGGAAACCAUUCUAAUUUAAGGGCUCACACAUUUAAAAUGGCAGACAGCAUUGAGGAGAAGUUAAUCGCAGAGGUCCAAUAAAAGCCAUUACUGUUUGACAAGUCAAACCCCACUUUCAAGGAUACUUUAAAGAAAAUGGACAUAUGGAAAACAUUCAGUCGUACCCUCGGAAUAAAUAUUUCGACAACAUUAUCUAGCUUCUUUUGUAGAGAAAAGACUAGUUGUUUUAAUUCCACUAUAUUGACUUCAUCAGCUAAAUUCACUAGAUAGACUGCACUAGCUAUUCACUCAAAACAUAGCAUGCUGAUUACAUCUGCUGGUUAUAGACGUGUAAAUGCAACAAGAACUGCAAAAACAUGUUGUACACACUUUGAAACCACAGCGCGUGUUUAAAAAAAACAAAAAUAUAGUUAUCGUUAUAGACUUUAUGUAGCCCCGCCCCUUUUCAGCGCUGCGCUCGUUGUCUUUUGACUUCCGGCUUGUAUUUCCACAGCGAUCUUAUGUAUUUAUGAAAGAACUGCUCAUUUUAAAAUCUUCCCGGUCUACUGACAUUUGUUAAGACAUCUGCUUUAAACAUAACAAUGCUCAUGAUAACUUUCAUGAGCUCUACAACAGGUAAAUCCACUUCACCAGCUAGUUAUUCUUUGACAGCGAUGCCAUAGAAAUAUACAGAGCUACCGCAAAAACGGAAGUUCAAAGACAAUAUUCUAAAGAUGGCGGCGCACUUGUUUCUCUGGUAAAUAUGGUCUAUAGUUAUCUUGUUCUUGUCUCAUUAUAAUGAGAGAAUUUUUCAUUAUUAUUACAUACUAAGUCAUUAUUAUUAGACACUUUCUCAAUAUAGUAAGAUAUAGUAAGAUCUCAAUAUAGUAAGAUAAAUGAGAAAGUUUCUCAUUAUUAUGACUUAAUUAUUUUUUACUCAACUGUGGCGGGAACCGGCUGGCUUCCAUACACAAUAGUAUCAAAGUCCCUUUGAUAGUAUCCAGCCGGCUUUCCGUGUUUUCACAGUAAUACGGUAGGGGGCGCUGAUACGCAUCUUCUGAAAGAGUACAUAAUCUCCUGAUCAUAAACAAAGACGAAGAAGAAGCAGAAACAAGCGAUAACAUGUAAGCAGAUGCGUAUGUAAAGUAACGCAAUUAUCAAUAUUAAAGCAUAUAAAUCAAAACUAUCUAACGUUACUGAAUGAAAUGUCGACCUAGGAAGAGAUGAGGCGUCCUCCAGCUAUAUAUAAUGAUAAAUGAUUUCAGCGGAACAUGCAGAAGAGUGUCAGAAAGCAUUCAAAACCCUGCAACAAAAUCCCACCAUUUUCAUACGAAGAAGAGACAGCUCUGACAGUUGUUGUCAAGCUGCAUACAAAUGCUGCUGCGUUCUGCAUUUCUGCCUGAGGAACCAUCACUAAUGGCUGCGAGGCCGUUCGAGAUCUACAGCUCCAAGUGCACGUAAAUGCAUCAUAAUGCCUUCAAAAGUGUCAUGCCUCUAUGUGUUGACGGUCGUUUGUUGGGCCAGCGCUCUGUGGUACCUAAGUAUAUCCAGACCCACGUCAUCCUACGCGAGCCAACUGUCCGUGCCGGCUCGUAAAACUGCGAAAGCGCUCAAGAACAACGCCACCACCACCUUCAGCAACAUCAGGACGCGUCCGCUGAACCCACACGCCUUCGAUUUCAUCAUCAACGAGCCCAAGAAAUGCGAAACCAACGUGCCCUUCCUCGUCAUCCUCAUCACGACCACGCACAAAGAGUUCGACGCCCGCCAGGCAAUCCGGGAGACGUGGGGCGACGAGAGCACGUUCAGCGACCUUCGUAUCAUAACGCUGUUUCUUCUCGGACGCAGCUCAGAUGCGGUGCUCAACCAGAUGGUGGAGCAAGAAAGCGAGAUCUUUCACGACAUCGUAGUCGAAGACUUCAUCGACUCAUACCACAACCUCACUCUCAAAACGCUGAUGGGAAUGCGCUGGGUGGCGACAUUCUGCAACCAAGCCAAGUACGUGAUGAAAACGGACAGCGAUAUCUUUGUGAACAUGGACAACUUGGUGUAUAAACUCUUGAAGCCAGCUACCAAACCUCGACGGAGGUACUUCACCGGGUACGUCAUCAAUGGUGGACCCAUACGGGACAUGCGCAGCAAAUGGUACAUGCCCAGAGACCUUUAUCCUGAGAGCAAGUACCCGCCGUUUUGCUCAGGCACGGGCUACGUGUUCUCGGCGGAUGUUGCAGAGCUCAUCUACAAGACUUCCCUGCACACCAGACUCUUGCAUCUGGAGGACGUUUACGUCGGGGUGUGUUUGAGGAAGCUGGGCAUUCACCCGUAUCAGAACAGUGGCUUCAAUCACUGGAAAAUGGCCUACAGUCUCUGCAGAUACCGCCGAGUCAUCACCGUACACCAGAUCUCCCCUGAGGAGAUGCAUCGUAUCUGGAACGACAUGACCAGCAAGAAGCAUCUCAAGUGUUAGGCAAAGACGCCAGAGGACAUGUGUAUUUGUGCCCUUCUUAAUGUCCAUGAUGCAAAAGAUCCGACUUGGAGCCUUGGGACGUGCCAAGCACAUAUUGUAGUUCUUUCUUAGAAACACUAACAUCCUUCUGGGGCAUUUCAACAACCCGUGUUGUUCAGCAGUGGGAUGAGAAUCUGUUGGGGAAAUUUUGUGUUAAUAUUAUAACUGGGCCAGUCUGUAAAGGUUCAACAUGCUGCAGUUUCUUUUGGUUCGGAUUAGUGUUGUCAAAACUACCGACUUCAAUUUUAAAAAUGUGAUGAUACCAGCAUUUCCCUCUAGCAUUUUGAGCGGAUUCUUAAACGCUUCUGAUUGGCCAUUGUGUUCACGCACUCAACAGAUAUGUCUGUGAUUGGCUACAAUGAUCAACGCUUCAAAAACAUGUUGUAAAUAGACAUCUUUGAUGCUCUUCACCAUGCAGAUACACACUGGAGCGUUUGAAAUGAUUCAAAAACAUGUUGUAAAUAGAUGCCUAUCUAUUUGUAAGCGCUCGGUGAAGAGCGUCAAAGAUGUGUAUUUACAACGUUUUUGAAGCGUUGAUCAUUCUAGCCAAUCAUAGACCUAACUGUUGAACGUGUGAACACAAUGGCCAAUCAGAGGUGUUUAUCUGCUCAAAAUGCUAGGGGGAAAUGCUGGUAUGGUCACAUUUUUAAAAGUCGGUACUUUCGACAACACUAGUUCGUAUGCACAUCAAACGUGUCGGAUGAAUGUCCUUUAUCGCUCGCUUUUCUUUGCACAUAACUCUGGUUGUACAAACGAAAGUUCCAUGCAACGUUGCUUCGUUUACUGUAUGUGAAAGCGCCUGCAUACUGUUUGUUUACAUGUUCAAAAACGUCUUUUCUUGGAAAAGGUAACGGCGAUGUAUAGUUCGUUAUUUAUAAGAAGUAUAAAAAUUAUUUUCUUACUCCUAGAAGUUGAAGAACACCAUUGCUGACUCAUGUUUGUAGUUAUACUGUAAAUCUAUAUAUCUAAAGUCAUUAACGCUUGGUAUCAAGUGUCAUCUAGUGAGUAUCUACUGUACAUGGUCAACCCUGUAGAAACGUUGCUUAAGGAACGCAGUGUUAAUGUGGCAUAUAAUGAAGCACUUUGGUUGAGAAUCAUGAAAAAAUUGGAAAACUUGAAAGUGGACUUUUUUUUCCCCUAGUAUUUGAUUUAAUUGAGGCCAAAAUGUGAUUCACAUGUGUUUUUUUAUUUUUUUGUUUCAUUUUUAAGUUGUCUGGAGUUAUUGAGGGGAUGUGGCAUUUAACUGUGAAAACAAUAAUGAACAUAUUUGGGUACUAAUGUAUUAUACUGUGUAUUUUUUACAUAAAAAUAUAUAUAUAACAAUGUG